UGCCAGGAAGUUGCUGAAACUUGAGCGACAACAGUAACGUUAGCUAGCAACUGUUACAGUUGGUUUUGUUUUUUAUAUAUUUGGGGUUAGCGAUAACAUUUAAGCAAUAGUUAGUGGUUAAAUCACAUGGGGUUUAUUGGUAACGUUAGUCCGUUAAAGUAGAGGUUGAACUGUUGUCGUUGUGUGUUCUUUGUAUUUAUUGAGCUAACCAGCACGUUUGCUAAUAAUGCUAGGGUCAGGUGAAUAUCAAAUUAUUGAUUAAUUGAAGAAUUUAUUGGCGCGGAAAUCAACCCAAUUUGCAGUACUAUGGAGGACAGCACCACGGAACUCGAAGGACCCGGUUGUUUGAGUGUCGGUCAGCAGUCAGAAGAGGCGACACCAACCGAUAUUAGCCACCAGAACAGUGUCGACAACGAUGGUUCGAAAGACCACAAUGGGACAUCUAAUAAUGUUGACUCGGAUUCAGGGGAUGAGCCUGAACUCCCUCUUAAUCAAUUUUACCCUUACAUCCGCUGUACUCUCUGCUGCGGAAUCCUAAUUGAUUCCACCACCAUCACAGAGUGUCUGCACACUUUUUGUAAAAGCUGCAUAGUGAAACACUUCUUCUACAGCAACAGGUGUCCCAAUUGCAGCAUUGUAGUCCAUCAGACACAACCAUUGUACAACAUAAAACCUGACAGACAGUUGCAAGAUAUUGUUUACAAGAUGCUGCCACAUCUGGAAGAAAUGGAGAGAGCAAGGAUGAUUGAUUUUUACAAACAGAGAGGACUGGAGGUGCCUAAACCAGUGAUGGCGUCCCCUGCGGUCCCUGUGCUGAAGAACCAGAAGCAGAGGAGGGCAUUGCUGCCCCAGUCUGUCUUCGCCAUCCCUCCUGAACUGGAUGUGUCACUGCAGCUGGAGUUUUUGGGAGCGGAAGAAGGCAUAGACGGCUAUAAGCCUUUGGAGAGGCGGUAUGUGCGAGUAUCGGGGGAUGCCACUGUCCACCAUGUGGCGCUCUUCAUCAGGAGGAAGAUGGAGCUGAGCCCCGCCUGCCAGGUGGAUGUUGUGUGUGGAGACCACCUCCUGGACCGUUACCAGUCGCUACGAGAGGUUCAGCGCUCCAUGCGAGAUGACGCUCUACAGGAUGGUCUUUUGAUUCUCCACUUUGGACUGGUGCUGGCUGCUCACACGUGAGCAGGGGGAAGGAAGAGGGAUGGAUGUGAUCCUGAUAUUAACCCUGACCCUCAGGGAACCACUGUCCUCAUUCUGCUACUAAUGCCUAACAGAAUCACGUCUUCUACUCUCUGCCACUUAUACCUAUACUCUCUGCCACUUAGACAGUUAACAGUGAAUUGCUAAAUCCAGGGCCCCGACACCUUCUGGUUAGGAUUAGGUUAUAGUUUAUCUCCAAGACUGAUUUCAGAGGUCUGAAAGACUACAAGGACCUGUCAUGCUACUGAUGCCAAAAGCUCAUGUUUUUGCUACACUUUGAGUUGAAUGUACACUGUUCUUUAAAAAAAAUUGUGACCAACUUUUGUAGCAGUCCCCCUCCCAUCCAUCUCCCGAGUCUCUAUUUAGACCAAAGUAUAAAUACAUAUACAGUGCCUUCGGAGAGUAUUCAGACCCCUUGACGUUUCCACAUUUUGUUACGUCACAGCCUUAUUCUGAAAUGGA